AUGAAUAAAGAAAUAGCAAAAUAUGAUUUAGAAAGUGCAAAAGGAGAAUUUAAAAAGAAUAAAAAUGAAGGCAAAAGUAUUUUUGAAAGAGCAAAGCCCUUUAUGGUUGGGGGAGUAAGUGGGAUGUUUGCAACAUUUUGUAUUCAACCAUUAGAUAUGAUAAAAGUAAGAAUUCAAUUAAAUGCUGAAGGAAAAAAUGCAAAUAGAAAUCCAUUUAUAGUAGCUAAAGAUAUUAUAAAAAAUGAAGGAAUGCUAUCAUUAUACAAAGGGUUAGACGCAGGUUUAACUCGCCAAAUAGUUUAUACAACAGCAAGAUUGGGAUUAUUUCGUACUUUCUCAGAUAUGGUAAAAAAAGAUGGUGAACCAUUACCUUUUUAUAAAAAAUGUUUUUGUGCUUUAGCGGCUGGGGCACUAGGAGCAUUUAUUGGAAAUCCAGCAGAUUUGUCAUUAAUUAGAUUACAAGCAGAUAGUACUCUACCAAAAGAAUUAAAAAGAAAUUAUAAUGGUGUUUUUAAUGCAUUAUAUAGGAUAUCUAAAGAAGAAGGUGUUCGAUCACUAUGGAAGGGAUCGGUUCCAACUAUUGCAAGAGCAAUGUCUUUAAAUUUAGGUAUGCUAUCAACUUAUGAUCAAUCAAAAGAGAUCUUAGAAAAAUAUUUAGGUUCUGGUAUGAAAACUAACUUAGCUGCUAGCGUUAUCAGUGGUUUUUUUGCUACCACCUUAAGUUUACCUUUUGAUUUUGUUAAAACCUGUAUGCAAAAAAUGAAAGCAGAUCCAAUUACAAAAAAAAUGCCCUAUAAGAAUAUGCUUGAUUGUGCAUGUCAGAUGUACAAAAAAGGGGGUAUUUUUAUUUUUUAUUCAAGUUAUCCUACAUAUUAUGUUCGUAUUGCACCGCAUGCUAUGAUUACCCUUAUAACAGUCGAUUUCAUAAAUAAUUUUAUAAAAAAAAUUUCCUAG